AUGACGCUCGGGUGGGUGGGGGUGCUGCUGGUGCGCGGCGCGCUCGGCGCGAGUGCGCUACUUGCGCUACCCUGGCUCCUGGGCGAGGUCAACUAUGUGUCGCUCGAGCCCGGAACUAGUGCCGGGGACUCGUUCGCCCUACCCCGCGUGGCCCAUGCGCGUGCGCGGUCCGAAGGGCGCGCCCAGGAAUACGUGCUCGCCGUGCGGCGCCAGCUCAACAUUUCGUCGGCCAUGUUUUGUGUGGCGUUCGAGGAGAGUGUGAUGCUCUUUGCGCUCGUGCUGCUAGAGCACGCUUAUGGAAAUACGCCGUGGAUUGCGGCCAACUGGCGCCUGUCGCUCCCCGCGGUGCUCGCGCUGAUCGUGCUGGGCCUACCGCUUGGCGCAUGCUUUCUUCUUUGCUUUCGGCACGGGAGCAGGUCCGCGUGGCUCACGACGCGCAGUGCCGCGACCUCGGCGCUGUUCGUCGGCUGGUGCUGGGCGUUUCUGCGCGUGCCGCUUCCCUCGACGGUCGUCCCGUCGACGGCCGGCGUGCUGGGCUCGGUGCUCGCGCGCACCGGCGUGAUUGGCAUCACGCUCAUUGCCGUGCUUUCCGGCAGCGCCGCGGCCGGCGCCAUCUGCGACUCGUACGAGCUGAUUACCAUCCGCCAGCGCCGGCGCUGGCGCGAGUGCGACGUGGCGUCCGCUCAAGCGUCGUUCGACCGCGCGUGUAGCGACCUGCAUCAGAGCCAGGCGACCGCCGCGCAACUCGCUGACGAGCUCGCACAAGGCGCGCCGCGGAGCGCGUGGCGCUUCUGGUCGCGCUCGGCCAAGGACCGCGAGCUGGCUGCGCUCCAGACCGAGAUCAUCGGCCUCGAGGCGAUGGCGACGACAAUGCGCAGCGAUCUUGAGAUGCUACAGGCACACGAGCGGCGCGCGCGCUACCAGCGCACGGCGCUCGGCAAGCUCGUGCUCGUCUCGGGCCACGUCUUUUCCGUGUACUGUGUCUUUCGCGUGGCGCAGUGCAUGCUCAAUCUGGUGUUCUUUGGCUACCGCGGCACGUCGCCCGACUUUGUCUCGACGUGUCUCGCGCACGCGAUGCGCAUGCUCGGCGUCGACAUUGACGUCGCGCUGUGGGCCCCCCGCAUCGGCUUUUUGUUUGUCGGCGCGCUGAUUGUGAUGCGCAUGCGCGUCCUUCUCGGCACCCUCUCUGCACUUAUCCGCUCCGUGUCGACAGGCAUCAGCGCGCAGCUGCUGGUCCUCUUCACGGCGCAGGUCCUAUGUAUCUAUACACUCGCCGCGCUCAUCCAGCUGCACGCGAGCGUCGGCAACGCGCGGGCACACCCCAGCGCGCUCCUCGCCUCCCUCCCCGAGUUCCAGCGGGUAUUUGGCGCGCUCUUUGACGGCGUCUUUCUCCUCGCCGCGCUCCUCACCGGCGCCUAUAGAUGGUUCGCCUGGCAGGCGGACCUCGCUUCAUAG